UUUUCAGUUUUGACAUUUCAUAGAUUCUGUCAUAGAUUUCGCGGUUUGUUUAACGCAUUUUGAACGUAUUUUUUUAAGUUUAUAUAAAUAAAGAAAGUUGUUAUCCACUCACAUUAAAAAACUAAAAAUGACUGUCGGAGAAACAAGUAAGAAUUUACCUUGGGUUGAGAAAUAUCGUCCAUCUAAGCUAGAAGAUUUGGUAUCUCAUGACGAUAUAAUAAAUACAAUAAAUCAGUUUAUGAAGGAGAAUCAACUACCACAUCUCUUGUUCUAUGGGCCGCCUGGAACUGGUAAAACAUCAACAAUAUUAGCCUGCGCCAAACAAAUGUACACACCACAACAAUUUAACUCCAUGGUACUGGAGUUAAAUGCUUCGGAUGACCGUGGUAUUGGGAUAGUGCGAGGACAGAUACUCAGUUUUGCAUCCACAAGAACAAUAUUUAAGGCUGGCCCAAAGUUGAUAAUUUUAGAUGAGGCAGAUGCUAUGACUAAUGAUGCUCAAAAUGCCUUAAGAAGAAUUAUAGAGAAGUAUACGGAGAACGUCCGUUUCUGCAUAAUUUGUAACUACCUGGGCAAGAUAAUCCCGGCGCUGCAGUCGCGCUGCACACGGUUCCGGUUCGCGCCGCUCAACCACAAGCAGAUCGUGCCGCGGCUGCGACAAAUCGCCGAUCAGGAAGGCGUGAACAUGUCAGAAGACGGGAUGAAGGCUUUGCUGACUCUCUCAGGAGGCGACAUGAGAAAAGUCCUGAACACACUGCAGAGCACGUGGCUCGCUUACCGUCACGUCACAGAGGACAACGUGUACACGUGUGUGGGACAUCCGCUGCGAUCAGACAUCAACAACAUACUAAACAUGUUGCUUAACGAAAAUGAUUUUGUUACAUGUUUUAAACAAAUUCAAGACCUAAAAAUUGCUAAAGGAUUGGCUCUCAACGACAUUCUUACGGAAAUCCACACCAUCAUACAAAGAGUAAAAUUACCACCGGAAGUUCUAGUGGGUCUGCUGAUCAAGAUGGCGGACGCGGAGGCGCGGCUCGCGAGCGGCUGCAGUGAACGCAUCGAGCUGGCCGCACUCAUCGCCGCCUUCCAGACCGCCAGGGAUCAGGUCAAAAUAGACGUGGACGCGUCAUAACUAAUGUACUAAAAUGUUGAUGCUUCAUUACCAUGAAAAUGAUUAUAACUUGGCACCAACCAUUCCAUCCGGCUCGUGGAAGACUGUUAUUUUGCUAUAGCAAAACAAUCGAAAGUUAUAGUUUUGUGAUACAUUGAGUACUUGCCACAGAGUAAUAAAACAAUGACUGUGUCACCUGUCGUACUGAAGAACACAAACCGCAAAACAUCUUAGAUAAAAAUAAAAAAAAAAACUAGUUCCAGUGUAUCGCAAUUUACGCCCACAGUGAUAAUUAUGUUAAAAAAAAAACGCGUCAGACGCGAUAUUAUUUGUGCGAAUGUUUUUGUUCUUUAGAGUCCGUGAUAUUAUUAUGAAUUUAAAGAAGUAUAAAACAAUGAUACAGUAAACAAUAAACGUAUUUCAAAUAUUUCUUAAUUGGAUCAAUGGUUGUUAUAGAACAGUGCCUUCUGUUAUUACUGCAUAUAACAUAUUAUGAUUUUGUAAACUUUAUUUGAACUAUUACGUAGACUUUAUUUAAAAAAUAAACUGUUAUACGAGUAA